CCAAAAAUGAGACGAAGCAAAUUAGAUAUGCUCCUCUGCCUACUAGUAAUACUCUUGUCAUCCUCUGCAUUAAAAUGCAAAGCAUUAACAGAAGCAAAAGCCCUUAUUAGAUGGAAAUCUAGCUUGUUUAAUCCUGAAUCUCUGAGCUCAUGGAGCCACAACAACUCCGCCAACCACUGCCAUUGGUUUGGCAUCACUUGCAACUCAGCCGGUAGCAUCGUUCAGCUCAAAUUGCCCAACUGCGACCUCGAUGGUACUCUGAUUGAGCUAGACUUCUCCUCUCUAUCAAAUAUCACUAAACUCGACAUCAGCAACAACAUGCUCACCGGUUCGAUCCCCGGAAACAUCUCUGCUAUUUCCAAGCUCACUUCAUUGGACCUAAGCAGCAAUAAUUUCAAUGGAACAGUGCCACCGGAGAUUGGUCAGCUCAAGAACCUUCUUGAUCUUCUUCUUUAUAACAACAAGAUCAUUGGAGAAUUGCCGUAUCAGCUUAGUUAUCUCCCAAAGGUACAACACUUUGAUCUUAGCUCCAAUCACUUAAAGACACCAGAUUUCUCUAAGUUUAAAGCCAUGCCAUCAUUGACUUAUCUUUCACUCUCCUCAAACAGCUUCACAUUAGAAUUCCCAUCCUUCAUACUCAAUUGUACUAAUCUAACAUUCAUUGAUCUUUCACUUAAUUAUUUCUCUGGACCUAUACCUGAUAACUUGGCAACAAGUUUGGUUAAUCUUCAGUACCUCAACCUCUCCUCUAACUCAUUCCAAGGGCUCAUUCCGCUGUCUCUUGCAAACUUAAAGCUCCGAGACCUUUGUCUCAGGUCAAACAUCCUCACCGGAGGGAUACCACCGAUCCUUGGAUCCAUUUCCACACUUCGAGUUCUUGAACUUUUUAACAACUCAUUAGGAGGAUCAAUCCCCGCUUCUCUAGGCCAGUUGAAAUUGCUAGAACACAUUGACAUUAAACUACUUGGUUUAAAUUCAACAAUUCCUCCAGAGCUGGGCCAAUGCACUAAUCUCAACUACUUUCAGCUGUCUAAAAAUAAACUCACUGGCAACUUCCCUCCAUCAUUUGCAAACCUGACCAAAAUGAGGGAUUUUGGUAUAUCUGAGAAUUCACUCUCCGGUAAGCUCUCACCAUACUUGUUCAAGAACUGGCCUGAGCUUAUAUCCUUUGAUAUACAAGAAAAUUCAUUCUCAGGGAAACUACCACCAGAGAUCAGAUUCCUAACCAAGCUCAACAUACUCUACCUCUUCUCCAACAACUUCUCCGGCCUAAUCCCACCAGAGAUUGGCUACUUGGCCAGCCUAACAGAUUUAGACUUAUCAGCAAACUCCUUCUCUGGGCCAAUACCUUCUACUAUAGGUGACUUGAAAAAUCUCCAAAGCCUGGUCCUAUACAAAAACAAACUCAGUGGCCCGGUGCCACCAGAGAUCGGCAACAUGACUUUGUUAGUUCAGUUAGACUUAUCGGCAAACUCCUUCUUUGGGCAAAUACCUUCUACUAUAGGUAACUUGAAAAAUCUCCUAGUCUUGUCUUUUGAUGGCAAUAGCCUAUCAGGUGAAAUUCCAAAAGAAUUUGGUAACUCGACAAACCUGGUAGAAUUGAGCUUAGCUUCAAACUUACUGACAGGGGAGAUACCGCCUGAAUUGGUAAACUUGAGUUCUCUGCUCUACCUCAUCCUCAGUAACAACAUGUUGUCAGGCCAUAUUACUUCAGGAAUUAGCCACAUGACUCAGCUCUGGUAUCUCGACUUAUCAGAAAACAAACUAUCCGGACAAUUUGCAGCGGAGCUGGGAAACCUGAGCUCCUUAUCAUAUCUCGACUUAUCAGGAAACAAACUAUCCGGACAAAUUGCAGCGGAGUUGGGAAGCCUGAGCUCCUUAUCAUAUCUCGACUUAUCAGAAAACAAACUAUCCGGACAAUUUGCAGCGGAGCUGGGAAACCUGAGCUCCUUAUCAUAUCUCGACUUAUCAGGAAACAAACUAUCCGGACAAAUUGCAGUGGAGUUGGGAAACCUGAGCUCCUUAUCACAUCUCGACUUAUCAGAAAACAAACUAUCCGGACAAAUUGCAGCGGAGCUGCGAAAUUUGAGCAGGUUACGGCUUCUCAACCUCAGCCACAACUUGUUAUCGGGUCAAAUACCUUCAAUAUUUGGAGGCAUGGUCGUCCUUGAUUUGAGCAGCAAUGAAUUAUCUGGGCUAAUACCUUUCAACUUAGCAUGGCUUCGGUCACUGGAGCAGUUCAAUGUGUCUCACAACAGCCUCUCAGGUCACAUCCCUGAAGCAUUCUCAGACAUGUAUACUCUAAACUCCAUUGAUUUCUCUUACAAUAAGCUAACAGGGCCAAUCCCUUCUGGAGAAUUUUUCCGGAAUGCAUCUGAGGCUUAUGUUGGUAAUGCUGAUCUAUGUGGAGGUGCUUCUGGUUUGCCUUCCUGCGGGUUCACUCAUUCCGACCACUGGUUUAGUUAUUCCGACCAAGGAUCGCAUAAGAAACACAAAUCACUAUUAAUCACAAUCAGUGUCCCCUUGGCUGGAUGUUCCAUUAUACUAGUCACCAUUGCAAUAGCAUGCCGUAGGCAACGGAGCAGCAAAGUCAGUGAAGCUGAAAACUAUCCGUCAGUGUGGGAUAUGGGCCUCAAGUUUAAGUUCGCAAACGUCAUGGAAGCCAUAGAUAACUUCAAUGAAGCAUACUGCAUUGGAGAAGGAAGUUUUGGGGUUGUCUACAAGGCCGAACUACCCACUGGCCAUGUUUUAGCAGUGAAGCGCCAACAUUUUUCAGAUGGGAGUGACAUUCAGGAGAUCAGUGUAAGAAGUUUCAUUAAUGAGAUCCAAAUUUUGUUGGAGGUGAGGCACCGCAAUAUUGUGAAGCUGCAUGGAUCUCACAUCAAGAAGGGUGUGAUGUACUUGGUAUACGACUUUGUUGAGAGAGGGAGCUUAUGCGAUGUCUUGUACAGUGUGUUGGGAGGAAUGAUGUUUGAUUGGCCAAUGAGAGUGAAGGUCAUACAUGGAGUGGCUCAUGCUUUAGCCUACCUACACAAUGACUGCUCACCGGCCAUAGUCCAUCGAGAUAUAUCGAUAAACAAUGUCCUGUUAGACGAUGAUUUCGAGCCUAAGGUCUCCGAUUUUGGAACUGCCAAACUGCUGAGACAUGAUGCAUCCAGUUGGACUGCUGUUGUAGGCACCUAUGGUUACAUGGCUCCAGAGCUUGCAUACAUGACCAAGUUCACAGAUAAGUGUGAUGUGUUUAGUUUCGGCAUGGUGACACUAGAGGUUAUAAUGGGAAUGCAUCCUGGAGAGUUGCUCUUGAAUCUACCAUCAAUGUCAUCAUCCUCUGAAGGAAAUGAUUUACUGCUGAAAGACGCUUUAGACAACAGGUUGCUCCCUCCCACAGGACAAUUAGCUGAACAAGUUGUGUUCAUAGUGAUGGUUGCUCUAGCCUGCACUCAGACCGAUCCGGCUUUGAGACCUGCAAUGCUUUCCAUAGCUCAAGAGUUGUCCACUAGGAAAAAAUCUUACCUUCCUGAGCCAUUGGGAACUAUCACCAUCAAGAAUCUCUUACAGGCUUCAAGAAGUGCUGAACUGUUGAAACAAGGCACUGUUGUGUUGUAACAGACAAGAAGGCUCAGAAAAACAGGGUAAAUACAGAGAUUUAAUAAGGAUGAUGUUGUAUCAACAAUUUACUAAUGUUUCAGCAUCUAGUGGGAUGACAGAGUGAAAGCUGCUUCACACUGUUAGUAAUGUUAGUAUCACCUUAAAAUUUACAUAAUUUUUUAGUUUUUGGUUGUA